AUGCUUGUCAAGAACUGCAUCAUCGUCGCCUGCCUCGCCUCCGCCGCGAUGGCCCAGGUCAACAGCAUCUUCUGUCAGGCUCGCUACAUCACUAACGUCGCCACCUGUGUCAUCGGAGUCAAGGAGUGCAAUUCUGUUGAGCGCUUCAGCUCGUGUGUCUGCGCCAACACCGGUAACAAGCCCAACCUGCGCCUGUGCCUCGUCGCCUUGCUCCGCGAUCCCGACUUCGUAGGCACUUUGCAGGCUUCGGAUUUCAAGGCCUUGCUCGAUGCUGACAAGCCUGCUGAAGCUGUUGCUGACGCUUGA